AAGCCUGAUGAAGAUUGUUGAACAAGUUCCUAUUUAUGUAUUCGCCGGAUUUAUUUUGAAGCAGAUUCAGGGAGUGAAUGACUCUCAAUGUCACAACGAUGUUAUAAAAACAGCGGAGUUAGUGGAAAACUGUCCAGUUACUCAAAUAGAGAAUGAUAUAGCUACUCUGAGGAAGGCCUGUCACCUGAUACCGAAUGAAUGCCCUACUUUUGAAUACCAUUGUGUUGUGAACAGAUUUUUUAACGGUACAUAUGAGGUUUGCGCACCGAUCAAACAAAUUGUGUUGUGGCUGUGUACAGAAUUUAACAAAGGAGGUGGUGUUAUUCAAGGCAGUCAACACGAAAAAGGAUUCUGUAGAAGUUGUCCAGUUGUUUAUGAUUCCAAUAAAUCGUAUGAAUUCCCCGAGUGUUAUGAUCGAGUGAUUAGAGAUGUUGAAAAUAUUUCUAUAAAAAAAGAGUAUCAGGAAUUUUCUACUGGUUUUGUCAACACAGAGACAUCUACAGGAAGUACCACACCAGAUUCCGCAACUGAAGAGAUUGUCACAAAAAAGGACUACUACUACAUAUGGUUAUGUUCCAUUGUAUAA